UACGUUGGCAACAUUAUUCAAAAUCAGACAUGGCGCGCGUACACACCGUUCAACAAAUUUUACAAAUUUUCAUAUUUUUUACGUUAGUGUUAUGUUCUAUUACUAGUUUAGUGAGUGCUAAUCGUGACCUUAAUGAAGACAAUUGGAAAGAAAUUCUUGAAGGCGAAUGGAUGGUGAAAUUCUACGCGCCGUGGUGCCCGGCGUGCACGGCGCUGGCGCCGGCGUGGCGGGAGCUGGCGGCGCGCGCGGGCCGCAGCAAGCUGUCGCUGCGGACGGCGGCCGUCGACGUCACGCGGAGCCCGGGGCUUAGCGGACGCUUCAUGGUCACUGCGCUGCCCACCAUAUUCCACGUAAAAGACGGUUCGUUCCGUCAGUACAAGGGCCCGCGCGACGUGGAGUCGCUGCUGUCGUUCGUGGAGCAGGCGCGCUGGCGGCAGGCGGCGGCCGUGCCCGGCUGGCAGGCGCCCGACUCGCUGCAGAUGUCGCUCGUGGCCGAGCUCUUCAAGCUGAGCCAGGCGCUGCGGACGGUCCACACCACACUGAUGGAGACGUACGGUCUGCCAACUUGGGGCUCCUACCUGAUCUUCGCGAUCGCCACCAUCUUCAUUGGAGCCAUAUUGGGAUUGGUGUUGGUGUGCGUCAUCGACCUGCUGUACCCGCCGCGGCGCGCCCACAAGCUGCAGCUGUCGCAGGCCGAGCUCGCCAGCGCGCGCAGCAAGCCCGACGAGGAGGAGCUGAUCGCGGAGGACAUCGUGGACGACAGCGAGCGCGCGGGCAGCGACGCCGAGCGCCACUCCGCCAGCGACACGUCGUCGGAGGGCGGAGCGCCGUCGGGCGACGCGCGGCCCGAGAGGACGGACACUCCGGCAAAGUGUGACGACGACCCCAAAGCUAUUUCAGUUGGCGUCACGUAACUUUGUACAACAUUCCUAUUUCACUGUCGCUCAAUAGAUUUACUAUACGUAUUCUGUCUAUGUAUAUUUUAUAUGUAUUUUUAAUACUCACGCUUGGAACAUUUUUAUAUAAUUUUAAUGGAUUUAUUAAAUACAUGAGUAUAAAUUAUUAAUGUUUUAUGAUUAAGUAUAAACUGUUCGCAUCAGUUAAUUUCACGGAAAGCAAAUAUAUUUACUAACUUAACAAUAUCGGAAAGAAUGACUGAAAACGCGCCAUAGUAUAUUUACACGUCAGUAUUUGCUUUCCGGAGAGUUGGAAUGUAAUGUUAACACAAAAAUGCCUUGUACAAAGACUUGAGAUCGUUUGAAGUGUUGCGUUUAUAUUAACUAUUGACUAGUGUCUUGCUGAUUAAAUUGUAUUUAUAAA